AUGGCAGACCAUCUCUGUGUCCUCGUUCAUGGCCUCUGGGGCAAUCCCAACCAUCUCAAAAACGUCGCCAAGGUGCUCCGUGAGAAAUACAGCGAGGACGAGCUCCACAUACUGGUCUCCAAGCGGAAUAGCGGAAGCUUCACCUACGAUGGCAUUGAGCUUGGAGGGCAGCGUGUGUGUCAAGAGAUUGAAGAGGAGCUGAAGCGGCUUUCGGAAAGCGGCCAGAGAGUCAAGAAGUUAAGCAUGGUCGGAUACUCCUUGGGCGGCCUCGUAGCGCGGUAUACCGUUGGACUCUUGGAAUCCCGAGGCCUCUUCGACGACAUUGAAGCAAUUAACUUUACCACCAUAGCAACACCCCACCUCGGGGUAAGAUCUCCCAACCGGGCUGUGAUAAGUCAGAUCUUUAAUGUGCUCGGGCCACAAAUGCUGUCCAUGUCCGGGACGCAACUAUUCAUGGUCGACAACUUCCGCGAGACUGGCCGGCCCAUACUGGAGGUUAUGGCGGAUCCAAAUUCCAUCUUCAUUACGGGACUGCGGAGGUUCAAAAGGCAUUCCUUGUAUGCAAAUAUUACCAACGAUAGAACCGCACCGUUCUACACCACUGGAAUCUCCAAAAUCGAUCCUUUCGUGGACCUGAGGGCCGUUGAUGUGGGGUACCUUGAUGGAUACGAGGAGGUGAUUCUGGAUCCAACGCGGCCGUUUUCGCCCAAGGAAAACAAAAUCCUAACAUUUUAUUCCAAACUCAAGCAUGACGCAUCCUUUUUCUUCGGCAACCUCCAUAUUUUCGCCCUCCUGACAAUAGUCAUCCCAAUCGGCACGCUCGCGUUUCUCACCUACGCUGGCAUCCAGACGGUACUGAGUAACAGCAGGAUACGGCUGCAUGAAUCCGGCAAAGCUGGGAUCGACCCUAGUAGCUACCGGACACCCUUCCUGCUGGACAUCCGCGAGGCAGUCGAAGAUGCAUAUGGGAACCUCAAUAAUGCUCAAACCCAACAGUACCUCUCCGCCACCCCUAGCACUGCUGGAUCGUCAGAGGAUGAGUCCGAGGCCAGCGGACGACCGUUAAUGGGGAAUGAAGCCGCAGAGAAGCCGUCUCGUUCGACCACAAAGGUUUCAACAGCAGGCAACCCGAGUACUGACGCAUCGCCCAAAGAGAUGCCGACUCUGGCCCUUGCCCCCGAGCAGUUUACUAUCAUCCGGAAUCUGGAUAGUGUGGGCUGGCGGAAGUAUUUUGUGCAUAUUCACAAGCAGCGACAUAGCCAUGCUGCGAUUAUUGUACGAAGGGAUAAGGAAGGCUUUAGUGAGGGAUUUGUGGUGCUGCGGCAUUGGCUGGAUGAAUUUCUUAUGGAGUAG